ACAUAUAUAAAACACAUACAACACAUACAUCAAGUAUCUUUGAUUGCCCCUUUCUGGCCUAGAACAUGCCAAUACAUAUCAUACAUGGCUGCAGAGCGCCCGUCAGCUGCCAUCGUCUUCAUCUCAACAAUGCCACUCACCUCGAUACCCCUUCCCUACGCAUACAGGAAACGCCACCAGUGACGGUGAGCUAACGUUGAAAGCUGGCGGCACCUGAAAACGACGGUGCAACGGCGACCGCUCUCUUUCCCACCUGCUGCUGCCGCGAAUUAUCUUAUGCCUGGGUUCCAGUGAAUUUUUGUAAAAUUAGUGUCCAGUAUAUUAUUUUAUCACUCUGUUUUCAUAUUUUUCAAAGGCCAUCAGCGUCUCAAGUUACUAACUAAUCCACAAAAGCACACCCGAGGCAAGGCAAGAGAGUAGGUGUAACCGUGUAAGUGCAAGAGAUGAUGAGCAAGACGAAGGCGGCUGUGCGACCAAGAUCCUGGCACCUCCCUUUCCUCUUCCUGCUGCUCCUCGCCCAGACUUGUUCCCCGCAGGAGCAAGGCGGCGGCGGCGCCCUCCACGGGAGCUUCGUCCGCUGCGUCGCGCGCCUCUCGCCGGCCACCACCGACACGUCCAGGCUCGUCCACGCCCCGUCGGCCGCUUCGUACCCUUCCCUUCUGAACGCCACGAUCCAGAACCUCCGCUUCGCGUCCCCGCGGACGCCGCGCCCGGCGCUGCUGCUGACCCCGGCGACCGUCGCCGAGGCGCGGGCCUGCGUCACCUGCUGCAGGCGCCACGGCCUCACGGUCCGGGCCCGCAGCGGCGGCCACGACUACGAGGGCCUCUCCUACCGAUCCGUGGCGGGCGCCCGGCCCUUCGCCGUGGUCGACGUCGCCGCGCUCCGCGACGUCCGCGUGGACGCCGGGCGCCGCGUGGCGCGGGCCGGCCCGGGCGCCACGCUCGGGGAGCUCUACUACGCCGUGACGCGCGAGAGCGGCGGGGCGCUCGGGUUCCCCGCGGGGAUCUGCCCCACGGUCUGCGUCGGCGGCCACCUCAGCGGCGGCGGGUUCGGGCCCAUGAUGCGCAAGCACGGCCUCGGCGCGGACAACGUGGUCGACGCCGAGGUGGUGGACGCCGAGGGGAGGCUCCUGGACCGCGCCGCCAUGGGCGAGGGCCUCUUCUGGGCGAUCCGCGGCGGCGGCGGCGGGAGCUUCGGCGUCGUGGUCUCCUGGACGGUGCGGCUGGUUCCCGUGCCGCCCGUCGUUUCCGCCUUCACCGUGCGCCGCCUCGUGCGCCGCGGGGACCAGCGGCAGACCCAGGCGGCUGUCCGCCUCCUGACAAAAUGGCAGCGCGUGGCGCACGCGCUUCCCGAGGACCUGUUCGUGAAGGUGGCCAUGGAGCCGGAGGUCGACGACGCCGGCGAGAGGCAUCCAUCGGUGACCUUCAAGUCACUGUUCCUCGGGAACUGCAGCGGGAUGGUCGCCGAGAUGAGCGCCCACCUGCCAGAGCUCGACGUGAGGGCGGGCGACUGCAGAGAGAUGAGCUGGAUCCAGUCGACGCUCUACUUCUACGGGUACACGGGCGAACAGGCGGCCGAGGUGCUCCUGGACCGGAGCCUGCAGCCCAAGGACUACUACAAGGUGAAGCUGGACUACCUGACGUCCCCGAUCCCCGCGGCCGGGCUGGGCGGGCUCCUCGCCAGGGUCGUGGAGGACAGGGGCGGGUCCGUCGACGUGGACCCGCAGGGCGGGGCGAUGAGCGAGACGCCGGAGUCGGACACGCCGUACGCGCACCGGCGAGGGUACCUGUACAACGUGCAGUACUUCGUCAAGUGGGGCGGCGACGCCAACGUGUCGUACGAGGACGCGCACCUGGCGUGGGUGCGUGGCGUGCACCGGUUCAUGACGCCGUACGCGAGCGCCAGGCCCCGGGCGGCGUACGUCAACUUCAGGGACCUGGACCUGGGGCAGAACUUGGAGGGGGAGACGAGCUACGAGGCGGCCAGGGCGUGGGGGGAGAUGUACUUCAGGGGCAACUUCAGGAGGCUGGCCAUGGUGAAGGCCGAGGUGGAUCCCGACCAGGUGUUCUGGAGCGAGCAGAGCAUCCCUCCCCUGCUUCAGACGAAUGGGAUGCUUUCGGACACUUGAUUGAUGCUUGUACCUAUUACGAAAGGCAAGGGUAAUUUCUGAAUUCUGCGCGACAUCUUUGUUCAUAAGAUUCAGCAUUUCAUUGCGGCACGGCACUGCUGAUAUCGCAGUAUUGCCGCCCAUGCUAUGUACAGAACCAACACUGAAACUGCAGGGCGUCAACUGAGCUACUGAAAUCGGACUGCUUUUUACAGUUUCUGCUGAUAUUCUUUUCUCUCUAUCUUCUCUACCUUUCACGACAUGCUGUAUUAUUAAUACUGAUAAAUACAGGGGAUAAUGUUGUUUCUAUUC